CCUCUUAGAUGACGCAUUAUCCGCCAAGAUGGUUGUCGGUGCCUUUCCAAUUGCAAAGCUGCUCUAUCUAGGCGUACGACAAUUGGGCAAACCAGUGGCUAACAGGAUAAAAGCAGGCGCGCGGAGAAGUGAAUUCUUUAAGAAUUAUAUUUGCCUUCCUCCGGCCCAAGCGUACCACUGGAUCGAGAUGAGAACGAAGAUGAGAAUCAUGGGUUUCCGUGGCUCCACCAUCAAGCCGCUGAAUGAAGAGGCAGCAGCAGAGCUGGGAGCGGAGCUGCUCGGGGAAGCCAUCAUUUUCCUCAUCGGUGGAGGCUGUAUGGUGCUCGAGUACAGCCGGCAGGCCACCAACGCCAGGCGCAAGGAAGAGGAGCUCGCACAAACCAUUAACAGUCUGCAGACGCAACUAGGAGAGCUUGCACUCGCCACAGAGACACUGGAUGCCCAAAUCAGAGAGGUUAAUAGACUUCUGCUGUCCCUCCCUGCAGCCCCGAGCACAAAAUAACCACUUGCAUCACUAAAACAUGCCCUUGCUAAGGAGGGUAAAGAGACCGGUUCAUGGGGACACCACUGCCAUAUUAUUAACACAUGGUUAAACCCUCCCAUACACACUAGGCUCUACAAAUGAGGAAGGUAAAGAGUGUUUGUGUCUGAUAAGUGACUGACUGCCAGCAUUACAUAAUAAAAGCUUGUUCGUUUUCUGUUUGGUUGAAUGAUGCUGUUUUCAAAUGAAAGUUGUUAGUUAUUUGAUUGAAACGUUUGACCACUGUUUUGCUUUAAUGUAAUAUGCUGUCAGAGUUGGACAUUCAUCAGUCAUUAAUGAUCUGAAAAUGCACUUGAAUUGUGAAUACUUGAAUGACAAAUUCAAUCCAUAUCCCCAAUUUGGGAAGUGGAGAGAGUGUGUGCUGCGAGAAUAUACCCAUUACAUCAAAAGACUGCUGUGUCUAAUAUGGCUUGUGUAUAUGGUUGUAUAUUUAUCAUUGUAAAAUAAAGUUAAAUAUUCUAUGAUG